AUGGCUUCUCGAUCUCGAGUGUCUGAAGAAAUUCAAGCUGGUAUUUAUCUCGAGGACUUGCCUUCUCGUCGCCGAGAAGAUGAUGAUGGAGCGAGCUCGAGUUCUAUGAAGAACUUCAGUCGCCCGUUCAGUUCUCGGUCUCACAUCGUUCCCAUCCAUGACCCUGAAAGUUCAAAUAUUGAAAUCCCCAAGGCAUCAGUUCCUCCGCGUUUUAGGGUUACUGACAGUUCCUCCACCCUCUAUGCGGGCACCAACCCUAGCGAGUUCGGGGCGUCUUCCUAUGGGUAUACCAGAAGCACUCGCUCCGGCCGUAGCCGCAGACAGAGCAUCGAGGAAGAGAACGAUAGAAGAGCUGCUUUGGACGCAUGGCAGACUACUCGUCCUCGUUCCACCCUGGGGUUCACUCCUUCUCAGCUACCCGACAUGUCCUCUGCGCAAGGUCUUUCGCCGGGUCAAAUCAAGGAGCUCGAUUGGAUAAAUAGACAUGAAAAGCGGAAACAGAAAGAUGUUCCGUUGCUGUACAGACGCCAUGAAAUGGUUAUUGAAGAGCCUCCGGAUGGUGGCUGUCUUGCGUGGGCCCAUGCUGCGUUUGGAGUCUUUCAGUCAUACUAUGAGAGAAGCCUUCUGCAGAAUGAUUCUCACUCCAAGAUCGCAUGGAUUGGCUCUUUCCAGAUAUUUGCCACGUUCUUCAUGGCCAUUGUCACAGCCCCCCUGACGAGUAGAGGAUACUUCCGGGCCUGCUUCACUGGUGGCAGCUUUCUCCAAUUUUUGUCCCUCAUGCUCGUCAGCGCUUGUACAAAGUGGUGGCAGAUAUUCCUCCUUCAGGGUGUCCUCAGCGGCGUAGGAAUGGGGCUAGUGUUCCAUUCUGGUAUCGUACUCAUAACCACAUAUUUCACGACGAGACUCGGUACUGCAACCGCUAUUGCUGCGUCAGGCUCUAGUGUCGGAGGGAUCGUCUUUCCAUUGCUUGCGUCUCACACGUUGCCCCAUCUUGGAUUCGGAUGGACUAUGCGCAUCAUUGCCUUUGUAAACCUGUUUACCAUGGUCCCGGUCAACGUUAUUGUACGUGAGCGUGCUGGUCCUCCAAGCCCAACGAAGUAUGCGAUCAAUUGGAGCAUCCUGGCAAGCCUUCCAUUCGCUCUAAUGGCGGUCGGAAUGUUUUUCGCUUUUUGGGGCAUCUACUUCGGAUUCUACUUUAUCGUCGCUUUCGGCCAAGACAUAUUGCAUAUGACCAGCAUAAAAUCUGUCAAUCUCCUCGUCGCUAUGAAUGCUUCGAACUUCGUCGGUCGCUUCAUCCCAAACAUCAUUAGUGACGCGUGUAUUGGUCCCAUGAAUACUCUGAUUCCCGCCAGUGUUCUUUCCUCAAUAUUCAUUUUCACCUGGGUUGGCGCCAACACAGAGACCGCGCUUUACAUCGUGGCCUGCUUCUACGGGUUCUUCAGCGCAGGCAUUCAGAGUCUGUACGUCACCACGAUCUUCAGCUUCUCGGGAACGGACCGCAAGAAGCUCAGCCUCAGGAUGGCUCUGGUUUUCGUACUGAUCAGCCUCGCUUCGCUGACGGGCGCUCCUCUUGGAGGCCACCUGGUGACCACAAACGACGGCAAGUACCUCACUGCGCAGCUCUUUGCGGGUGUCAAUAUUGCGCUUGGGGCUCUGUUUUUCCUGCUGGCUCGCCUGGCCAAGCAAGGCUGCGCAGCGAUGAGGGUCUGA